CGCCCCCUCAGCGCAGCUCUCGGCCAAUAGAAUGCGGCGGCGCUGGAGGCGCGACCAAUGGGAGGCAGCGGUGUUGCGGGGGUGGCGGAGCCGGAAGCGCGGGGGGCCUGGAGGAGCCAUGGGGGUGAAGCUGGAGAUCCUGAGGAUGUGUGUGUACCUGUCCUUCCCCGUCGCCGUGUUCUGGGUCUCCAACCAGGCCGAGCUCUUCCAGCGCUACGUCAUCGACCGCAAGAGGGAGAUUUUCCCACCGGACACCCCGGAACGGCGCCAGGCCAUGGCUGAGCUGAAGCAGCGGCUGCAGGAGAGGAAGGGGACACAGGCGUGAGGGGACAGAGGGGACACACGGCCACCCCCGGGACACGGGCGGUGACAGCGGGGACAUGGCAGUGACACCAGGGACACACGGCCACCCCUGGGACACGGCGGUGACAGCGGGGACAUGGCAGUGACACCAGGGACACACGGCCACCUGCAGGACACAGCGGUGACAGCGAGGACAUGGUGACAGCAGAGACAUGGCAACGACACCGGGGACACAUGGCCACCCACGGGACACGGCGGUGACAACAGGGACACAGUGACAGCGAGGACACGGCAGUGACAGCAGGGACAUGGCAUUGCUGUGACACCGGCGCCGUGGUGGUGACACAGGACACGCCUGGCACUGCCCUGUCACCGUGGGCACAUCGUGACACCGGUGCCAGCCACAUGCUGGUGACAGAGGGGACAGUGACAGCACCCGGUGGCAUCACUGGCAGCAUUGGUGACAGAGUGUGACAAUGGCAUCGCUGUGGUGGCAUUGGUGACAGAGGGGACGCGUGACAACAGCCAAUGGCAUCGGUGGCAUCGCUGUGACCCUGCUGGUGACAAAAGGGACGUGUGGCAGUGUCCUGGUGCCAUCGCUGUGGUGGCAUUGGUGACAGAGGGGACGUGUGGCAGCGUUGUGUCACUGUGGGCACAACCUGGUGUUGUCACCGUGGCUGUGUUGGGGACAGAGGGGACGUGUGACAGCAGUUGGCGCCACACGCUGUGACUGUGUUGGUGACAGGGGACAGCCCCGGUGUCACUCGCUGUGACAGCAUUGGUGACAAAGGGGACGGUGACAACAGCUGGUGUCACACGCUGUGACUGUGUUGGUGACAGGACAGCCCCGGUGUCACUCGCUGUGACAGCGUUGGUGACAAAGGGGAUGGUGAUAACAGCCGGUGUCACACGCUGUGGCUGUGUUGGUGACAAAGGGGACAGUGGCAGACCCCGGUGUCACUUUGUGACAGCGUUGGUGACAGAGGGGACAGCCCCGGUGCCACACUGUGACUGGGUUGGUGACAAAAGGGACAGUGACAGCCCUGGUGUCACUCUCUGUGACAGCAUUGGUGACAGAGGGGACAGAGACAGCCUCGGUGCAACAGCAUUGGUGACAAAGGAGAUAGUGGCAGGCCCCGGUGUCACUGUCUGUGACAGUGUUGGUGACAAAGGGACAGUGACAGCCCCGGUGUCACACUGUGACAGUGUUGGUGACAAAGGGACAGCCCCGGUGUCACUGUCUGUGACAGUGUUGGUGACAAAGGGCACAGCCCCGCUGUCACCCACUGUGACAGUGUUGGUGACAAAGGGACAGCCCUGGUGUCACCCGCUGUGACAGCGUUGGUGACAAAGGGACAGCCCCAGUGUCACCUGCUGUGGCCAUCGGUGCCCACGCGUGGCCACCUCGGGUGCCCGUGUCGGUGGCACAAGGGACACGUGUCCUCCCUCCCCCGAUGCCACCGUGGCUGCGUGGCCGCCCCUGUGUCCCUGCGCUGCUGGUGACACGUGUGUGACACGUGUGACACGUGUGUGGCCCUCGUGUGACGCGUGUGUGACGUGCCAGGGGACACGUGGCACCCCUGGCUGUCCCCACCCCAAUAAACGGCGCUGGCACUGCCCGCAGGGUGUCCCCAGGGUGUCCCCAGGGUGGCACUGCCGUCCCUUAGUGCCACCUGUGCCCCUCGGGGUCCCCUGGUGCCACCCCCACGGGCGUCCUGUGUCCCUUAAUGUCA